AGAGUAGCGUUACCAGCUUCACGUGGCGCUGUGUGUUUAAUCUGUGCGUGGAGAAGUAGAAGGUGGCAUGCCUGGUUUCCUGUCAGUUCAGCUGAUGAGUGGAAGUUUACAAUGGCAGUGCAACGCCGAGGAAACGUUAAAACCGCAGACACAAGUAUCAUUGAGAAAAAAAUUAAAAGGGGGAUCGCACAGAGACAGGCGUCAUCAUACAGAGGAUACACUGCUCUCGUGCUGGCCCUUGUUGGCACGUGUGCACUGCUGAUCUGGCUCUGGUCAAUCUGGACUAAUGACAUCAUGGACACUAUGGUCUCCAGAGGGGAAAUACUCACACAGCCCAGAGUGUUCGUAGUCCAAUGCUCUGAAGAUUAUCAAAAAUACAAGCAGUUCCCAGGCUGCACCCCUACCAAAUGUGGCCGAGCGGUUUCAGACAGCGUUGUAACCACAGACGAGGCACAGAUACUGAGGAGGAUAGCGGAAAGGGGCCUGGAGCUCGGUGGUUCAGAUGGAGGCGCAUCCAUUCUGGAUCUGCACUCUGGAGCUUUGUCAAUGGGGAAAAAGUUUGUCAAUAUCUACAGAUAUUUUAGUAAUCAAAUAAGAGAUAUCUUCACUGAAGAGGAUUUUGAACUCUACAGGGCUGUACGUGGCCGCAUUCAGAGGGUGAUUGCUGAAACAUUUGGAUUGGACUCCAGUAAGCUGUACCUCACCAAGCCCACCUUCUUCUCCCGCAUCAACAGCACCAGUGCUAAGACCACUCAUGAUGAGUACUGGCACCCACAUAUUGACAAGGUGACAUAUGGGUCCUUUGACUACACAUCAUUACUCUACCUAACAGAUUAUGGUCUGGAUUUUGGAGGGGGGCGAUUCAUCUUUAUGGACCCAAAUAGCAACCGAACAGUGGAGCCCCGUGCAGGGCGAGUGUCUUUCUUUUCCUCAGGCUCCGAGAACCUCCACCGUGUAGAGAAGGUGGCAUGGGGCACGCGUUACGCCAUCACUGUGUCCUUCACGUGUGAUCCUGAUUAUGCUAUAGCUGAUCCCAGCUUACCAUAGGGUCCUCCUGAGAUACUGGCUGGAGCCCUGGGACAAAAAAAAAAACAGAACAUGAGAAGAUACUUAACUAUUCAAUUGAAGAUUUCACAUUCCUAUUUUGUUUUCUUUGGGAAAGAUUUAACAGACAUUAAGAACUUGCUGAAUUGGAAGAACAACAAUAACUGCAUGAGUUAUAAUUGCUCAUUAUUUUAUUGAAAAGAAAAUUUUCACAAUUUCAAAAUCUUAUUUCCUGUGGACUUUCACUCCUCUCCUGUGUUUCUUCCUUUGACUUUCUCUGCUUGUCUUUUUCCAGGUAAGUAGCGUCUUCUUGGCUGUAUCCCUUUUGUCACAGUUGGAUCAGUUAUCACAGAUUGAACAAACAGCACAAGUGGAAAUUCUCAACAGGUGGUAUGAAUGAAAUUGCUCAUGAAGAUCAAAUCACUCAUGGCCUACUGAGGGAGCUUUUCAAAAGCGUUUGCGGGAGUUUAGCUUUCAAUACCUUUCCUAGACUGCACUGUGUCUAUUAGAGUGAAAAUGUCUGAACAAUGGCACUGCAAUGCAUUUUAUCAUAACUGUUGAGAAGUCUUCUAAACAAGUGUAUUUCAAUAGCACCAUCUGUCUGUCAAUCAUGUUCCCUGAGAGAGGGAGCAUAAGGUCUAAACAAGCUACUGUGCUGGAAAAGUUUAUUAAUGCAAAAUAUUCCGACCAGACCUUUUACUAUCAUGACAUGCACGGAAAUACAUCAAUUUGCUUGCUCCCUGGAAAGUACAUCUUGAUCUUGAAUUAAUUCUGCCAAUUCAAAUCAUGACUAAAUGAUCUUUGCAAUAAAUGUCAUUUAUUGAUCUCAGUGCUUGAGAUUUAAUUGAGCGUAGUUAAGCUUAAUACACUGUUUUAUUGCUGUCAUCAGUGGAGAAUAUUAAACAGUGGUUCUGAGACCUCAA